CAUUUUUCAUUUCAUGAACCAAUUAUUAUGAGAAUUGUCAAGAAAUAAUGAGGACAAAAUUAUUGAAUAAAUGAAAUUAAGUAUUGAUAUUUCUUGUUUUAUUUUUCAUGGAAAUUUCCUAUUUUCCUAAUUAUGAAUAGAUCCAAUUAUUAUUUUGUUUAACUUCGACCUACUUUUCUCAAGCUUUCUUCUUUUGUCUUCGUUGUCUUAUAUAUACUGAAAAGUGUUGUUGCUUUAUAUUUAUUCUUUUUCUAUUUCUACGUUACUUCCUCUUGUAUACAUUAACGAAUUACUAAUUAUUCUUGCAAUUAAUUUGAUAUUAUGAUUUCCGUCGAUACUUCUAUUAUAAUUUCUUGUCAUAUUCAUUCUAUUAACUGCCCUACUUUAGAUAUAAUAAUGGGUAUUAUGAACAUAUUAUUAUACUUUUAACCAUUUCGUUUCCCAGAAAUAAAAAACAAAUAUUGAAUUAUAAAAAACAAAUUAUAUUUAUAAGUUCACCUCCUCAAUAUAAAAGUACUAUCUUAUAUCUCUGUUCUUAUUUCUUCCUUUAAACUGUUACCACAGAUAAUUAUGAGUAUUAUAUAAAUAAAACUACUCCAUAUUCGCGACCCAACUAUCAGGAGAUAAUAAAACAAGGAACUUCGCAGUAACGGUAGUUUAUAAAUUGACUGUCACAGUUUUAUUAAUAUUUUAGAUGAACGUGUAUUUGGCCUUCACCUUACCAUGUUGUCACUACGCCUAUGUUGUCUUCAACAGGUAUCUUCUCCGUUUUAAAGUUCCUUAACGUUCGUUACGUGGAAACCUCCAAUUUCUUGACUCAGUCGGUUUGGUUUCACGUUCAAUGAACUUACUAAAUUACGUUAAGUAAAAAUAAUGUUGCAGAACGGUAGUAAAAACUAAAUAAACUAAAUAUAAAAAAAAUAAUAAAAAGGAAGAUUUUGUUGUAAUUCGUCUGUAAUUAAAAAGUGUAGUUAAAUAUGCGAUAUACCGAUAACGACUGUGGCAUUGUUUCUUAUCAAACAUUACGUGGAUUUGCAAAUAAACUUAGUUCGUAUUUGAAUAUGAGAAACAAUGAGGUAAAUAGGGCGAAGAAAAGUGUGGCGUGGGCUUACGUGUGUUGGUUUUUUGGUGGAAUUCUAGGACUCCAUCUGUUUUAUUUGGAAAGGGAUGCCCAUGCCUUUCUUACGUGGAGUACUUUUGGAGGAUACGGACUGGGGUGGUUAGCAGACAUCACGAAAAUACCAAGAUAUGUCAGAGAUUGCAAUGAUGACCCGAAAUUCUUGGGCGAACUCGGGGAAAGGAUGAGAAAGAAUCGAAAGCCACCAUUCUCGACAAGUAGAUUCAUAUCUGCUGUUAUGGUUGGUUAUCUUUGGGGACAAUUAGUUCUAUUAGCCAUUCCUGAAGAUGAAGCUGGAGGGAUUAACUGGAAACCACUCUUCCAUUGGUUUAUUCCAUUAGGAGUUGCAUUAGGUGUCUGGGUGGUUGGAAACAUAGGCAGGGAACAAGGUAAACCUUGGAUUACUAUAGGGGUAUCUUACGCGACUUACAUAAGCAGGUGGUAUUUUAUGGAUGAAAGCACAUGGCUUAGCAUAAUGGUAUUUUGUUCUGGUUUGGCUUUCGACCAAUUCUCGAAAGAAUGGAGAAGGACGCCAAAAAAGAAAAGAUCAUUUGCUAGAAGAGUUACUGUUUUGUUUCUAUGUGCAGUUGUAUAUUGUGCACUUUGGAGCUCAUAUUUUUAUUUUAAUGGAAAGAUAACUGAUUCCAAUGGAGACGAGAUUCCAGUUCAUGAAGCGUUACAUCAUUUUUUCACUUCGCCUUGGUGGACAGAUUUAAAACAAUCCUUACAUGAUAUAUAUGUUUACGCGCAACAUCAUGGAUGGUACGAAAUAUGGAGACAAAUAAUUGAUCUUUCCGAUCCGCAGGGAGAACAAAACGCCUACAAAGUGUUAGGUGUAGGUCCAACUUCUAGUCAAUCAGAAAUAACUUUGAGAUGGAGAGCCUUAAGCAGGGAGUUUCAUCCAGAUAAAGUAAAAGAUCCCCAAAAACAAAAAGAAGCACAAGAAAAAUUCAUGGAUAUACAACAAGCAUAUGAAAUUUUAUCUAACAUCAAAAAUAAAAGGAAAAGAAGAAAUAAAAAAUCAGUUGAUGAUACAUAGAAUAUAUUUUUGGUAUGGCUUUUUAGGUUUAUUUUUUUUAUGAUAUGUUUGUAUUUUCUUCAAAUAUUUUAACAAAUUAAUAAAAUCUGCACAAGUUAAUUAGUGAAUGAGUGAUAUAGGAUUAGAUCUUCCCCAUGGCUAGUCCAAAAACCAGCUAUUCGAGGGGGAUAUUUUCUUUUUCUGUCUUUAUUAACAGAUUUUUCAGCUCAAAUUUUUUUCGUUUUGUGGUAUAUAUAAUUCGAGUACUACUACAAUUUUAAUCACUUAAACGCAACAGGUAGAAGUAGUGUAAUUUCAAAUUCGAUUAUAGGUGAUUUCCUUAAAAGUAUCAUGACAUUUUUCAAAUUCCAAGAAAUAGAAUUCUGAGCAGAAAGAUCGAUUCAAGUCGCACUUCGCGGUCACAAAUCAUAAGCAAGUACCUAGUAAAGAAAAUACCAGCUUAAAUCCUUCAAAAAAAUAAAUUAUUUGAAAUUAACCUAUCAAUAUGUAGUAUUACCUCCCCUGGUCCUAAUAACAGCUUCUAACCGGUUUUUCAUGGAUCUAAUAAGUUCUUUACUCGAUCUUGUUCAAUGCUAUUCCAUUCUCUUUAGUGAACGCCGUUUUGGAGUCAAGAUUUGGUGGCUGUUUACCCCGAACUUUUCUCUUAAGUUCUCUUCAAACUAUACUGCAUUAGAAGUGUUCGCCAAUGAAAAUGGCGUAGAAAACGACGUUAUCCCCCAAAAUUUGUUCUAUGUACUCGUUAAUCCACUGCUCCUCCGCCUAUUACAAUAAAAAAAACUGUGUUUUUGCUUCCAUUGAAAUACCCGCCCAAACCAUCCAGAAACCUCUUCCAAAAGCCAUGUUUUCUUUCAUCACUACGCGAAUCUUUCUCCAGGUCUUCUGUAGACGCAUCCUCUUCUAUAGCUACCAGCAGGUACACUUUGCUGAGAAGAUAACAGGCUCCAUUGUUUGUUAGUCCAAAGUAAUCUCUAGCAAAUCGUAGGAGUUAAUUUGGAGUUUUUGGUUUCUCUGAACAAUAGUGAGUGCCAGAUUUCUCAACUAUGUUCUAACUAUGAAUUGGUCUUCCUUCUCUCGUAUGUGCACCUUUUUCUUCCUUUUAUAAGGUUCAAUUACCCCUAACUAGCACUAUUGUAAACAUUAAACAAACAUAAAAAUGGUGGUUAUCGAUCAUAAUAUAUUGUUGGACUGUGAAAGCAAAAAACAUAUUUUAUCAUCAUUUUGAAGCUAAUGCCAUAAGUUUUCAAGAUUUCACUAACAAAAAUAUAAUUUCGUGUUCAGUUUUUUUAUUUUUUGUUCAAGUGUAUAUUUUUGAAAAUUACUGAAGUACUAUAUACAAUCAGAUAUUAUUUUAUAUUGGUGAUUUACUAAAACACGUACUUGAACGAUUUAAUUUCAUAGAAAAGACACUUGAGUCUAUAUAAAUUCAUUUUAAUUGGAGGAUACUAACUUUGCUCAAAUUUAUAUUCAUUUAUUGAUUUUCAUGUAUUGUUUUAUUUCAAUUAUUGUUUGACCAAUACUUAUUUAUAUAUUUUAUUAAAAUAAUGGAUUUACUAUUA